GACACGUUUCGUACCCUCCCACAAUCACACCCACCGCGGGUGCGCCAGCUGACGUUCACUUUCGUUAUUCAUGAAAGCUAAAUCACAAGUAUAGUCAAGAAUUUAACGGUAUAAAAACGCAGUCCAAAAUCGACCCCUGGCUCCUGGACGAAUAAUAGUGUGGAGACCUGGCAGCCCGGAUGCGAGGAAAUGAUAUGGCAACACGGAAAGUGACUGACAGCGCGAGGAGACGAAGAUGGCGCCUUGGCGUGCAGAUAGAGAAGAUUUCUUGUGUGUAUCGACUGGUUUUAAUAAAAAUAAGAAUCUAUUAAUAAAAUCCAAAAUAUUGUGAUCUAAUUUAUUUGUAUUCGAUAUUGGACACCACGGGUCAUUACAUUGGCGACGAGAAAACGCAUUAGCAAGUCAUUUGGAAGCAGACGCAGAUCCCUUGGAAAGGGACGAAUGCGAAUUUUACGAAAGUGUCGUAAGUGAAAUGUAAGUUUAUGUUGUUAAUGGAAAAGAAACGCAAAGUGUUAGUGUUGUUUUGUUUCAGAAGCACACUGACAAGUCAAUGCCAAGCAUGCGUGAGAAAGACUUCCAUGUAAAAACAAGAACAUAAACAGGAAGAGUCAAAAAAAAAAAAAAAAAAAAAAUCAAUAUAUUUUGAAGCACCGAGUUGCUGUUUGCAAAUUCAAUUUUAAAUUCACUGCGGCGAGAAGAUAUUGAUUGCAGUGUAGCUAUGAGUUCAACAGGCAUAGUACCAUUUAUGUGUGAGACAAUUGACAAAUCUUUAAUUCGAAUUGAGUGGGAAAAAUGGUAUCGGGCUUUUAGAUUAUAUCUUGAAGCAGAAGAAAUUAAAGAUUCGGUAAAGAAACGCAAUAAGUUAUUGCACCUAGGUGGCAUACAACUCCAGGAAGUAAUAUAUAACAUUCCUGGUGCGGUGAUAGAACCGAGCCCAAAUGAAGAUGCGUUUGAAAUUCUGGUAAAAAAGCUAAACGAAUAUUUUUCGCCCAAAAGAAACUCAACGUUUGAGCGCCAUUUAUUUCGAUCACUACUACCAGAAAAUGAUGAAAAUUUAAGUCAUUUUAUUUUACGGUUAAGAAAUCAGAUCAACAAAUGUCAGUUUGGUCAAACUAAAGAAGAGGUUAUAAAUUAUAACUUGAAAGACAAAUUGAUAGAUGCUUGGGCCCCGAAAGAUCUGAAAAAACGGUUAUUGGAGAAAGAAUAUUCACUUAAUGAGGUAAUAGAAAUGUGCCACGUAUAUGAGCAAAUCAACAGUGAAUCUGGUGAGAUGACAACGGCUCCGACUUGCUCUGGCAUUUGCAAAAUUUCGUCUUCUGAAACCAGUAAACAAACUGGCCAAGAGUGUAGCAGAUGCGGACAACAGGGACAUCUCGCUAGCAAUGUAAGAUGCCCAGCGAAAAGCGCGAAGUGUAAUAAAUGCAGUUUUGUUGGACAUUUCGCUCGCAUGUGUCGCACAAGAAGUAAUAAACGUAAACCAGAUUCCUUCAACAAAAAUGCUAAAAGAGCGAAGCCCGGUACAUCGAACGUAAAAUAUGUUUCAGUUGCAGAUAAUUUCGAGCAAGAAACAAAAGAUAGCGAUGUACAAGCUUUUGAUUGUUUCAAAAUUAUGUUAGAGGAUGGCUCAAUUUCUAACAUGGAUGAGAAAAUAGAGUGUUACAUUGGGGGUCAUAAAAUAUCGAUGCUGAUUGAUUCCGGAUCUCAGUUUAAUUUACUGAGUGAUGAUGACUGGGAAGUUUUAAACAGGCGGCAAGCAACUAUGUGGAAUACGAGAACGGAUUCAGAAAAGAAAUUUCGUGCAUACGCUGGGAACGACUUGCUAAAAGUUAAAGUUGUUUUUGAGUCAGUUAUUGGAGUACAGAUGACAUCAGACUUGAUUUCUACGUUUUACGUGAUUGAAAAUGGUAGACAAUCUUUGUUAGGGAGGGAUACUGCGAUUAAACUAAAUGUGUUGAAGCUAGGUCUUGGGGUGAACCAGAUACGUGAAAUUCAGCCGUUUCCAAAAAUCAAAGAUAUCAAAAUUUGUUUAACAAUUGAUAACUCUAUUAAGCCGGUUCAGCAACCGCUUAGAAGAAUUCCAGCAGCAUUGGAAGGAAAAGUUGAAGCGAAGUUAAAUGAAGCUUUAACGCAAGACAUUAUCGAGCCGGUAGUGGGACCGAGUGCAUGGGUGUCUCCUGUGGUUAUUAUACAUAAAGAAAAUGGAGAUUUGCGCAUAUGCAUUGACAUGAGGAGAGCAAACAAAGCCAUUUUGAGGGAAAAUUACCCCCUUCCCACAUUUGACUCAUUUAUGACCAGACUGAAAGAUGCCAAAUAUUUUACAAGGCUAGAUCUAAAAAGCGCUUAUCACCAGCUGGAACUAGAUGAGAGCAGUCGGGAGAUAACAGCUUUUAUUACCCAUAAAGGUAUUUUUAGGUACAAACGUCUUCUGUUUGGAGUGAACUCGGCUCCUGAGAUUUUUCAGAAAACCAUGGAAAAUUUACUCGCAGGUUGUGAGAAUGCUUUGAACUAUCUUGACGACAUAAUCGUGUACGGAAAAACAGAAAUAGAACACGAUAAGAACUUAGCAAAAGUUUUAAAAACUUUCAAGGAAUACAAUGUGCAACUAAACGACGAGAAAUGUUUUUGGAAGGUAAGAAAACUAAAAUUCUUGGGUCAUAUCUUAUCAAGUGGAGGUAUAGAUCCUGAUCCUGGAAAAGUAGAUACUAUUUUGCAAUUUCGAGCACCAUCAAACAAGGAAGAAAUUCGGAGUUUUUUGGGAUUAGUAACUUAUCUUGGCAAGUUCAUUCCAGACUUAGGUAAUGUCACAGAACCUCUUAGAAAGCUGACUAAAAAAGACGCGAAAUUUGUGUGGGGCACACUUCAAAAUGAUUCAUUUCACCAAUUGAAACAAAGGCUUGCUAUGUUGCCAACAUUGUCGUAUUUCAACCCGAAGAGUCGUACCCAACUCAUUGCAGACGCUAGUCCAGUAGCGUUGGGAGCAGUGCUUCUGCAAUUCGAGAAUGAAAGCCCACAGGUAAUAUCGUUUGCUAGUAAAAUAUUAUCUGAAACCGAACGGCGGUAUUCACAAACCGAAAAGGAAAGUCUAGCUUUAGUAUGGGCCGUCGAAAGGUUUUAUUAUUACUUAGCGGGAAUUGAAUUUGAGCUGGUUACAGACCACAAGCCGUUAGAAACGAUUUUUAAACCUACAUCAAAGCCUCCUGCACGUAUCGAGAGAUGGGUCCUACGGCUCCAAUCAUUUAAGUUUAAAGUUGUGUACCGCUCAGGUAAAACAAACAUUGCUGAUUCGUUUUCCAGACUUUGUACGGGUAAGUCCGAAAAUUUUGAUAAGGGCUGCGAACACCAUAUAAGCACAAUUAUUGAGAAAUCCAUACCGCCUGCAUUGACAAUUUUGGAAAUAGCGCGCGGAAAUAAUUCGGAUCCGGAUCUUAUGGAUGCAAUAAGCAGAGUAAAGAACGAUAGCUGGAGUAUUGAUCACAAAAGCAAAUAUUUUCCAUACAGGUUCGAACUAUGUACGUUAGGAAAUAUUCUAUUGAGAGGAACCAAAAUAGUGAUACCAUCUAAUUUGAGGUCCAGGGUAUUAGAAUUAGCACAUGAAGGACACCCAGGAGAAACUGUAAUGAAGCGACGAGUCCGAUCUAAGUUAUGGUGGCCCUUAGUUGAUCGAGAUGUCGAGAAGUUUGUGAAACGCUGUCAUGAAUGUUUAUUAGUAUCACGACCAAACCCACCUGCCCCAAUGAACAGACGCGCUCUACCGGAAGGGCCUUGGCUAUGCUUAGCCAUGGAUCUGCUGGGACCGUUGCCGAGCCAUGAAUAUGUAUUUGUUGUAAUCGAUUAUUAUUCGAGAUAUCAUGAGUUGAGAUUUGUGAAGAAAAUUACAUCCGCGGUAAUAAUUGAUAGUUUAGAAGAGAUGUUUUCGAGACUGGGCUAUCCUACAUCCAUUACUGCUGAUAAUGGACGGCAGUUUGUCAGCGAUGAAUUUAAAAGAUUCUGUGCAGAUAAUGCUAUUGACCUUAUGACGUCUCCACCUUAUUGGCCACAAGCUAAUGGCGAAGUGGAAAAUAUAAACCGUUCAAUUCUUAAGCGAUUACAGAUUGCUCACUCAAGGGGAGUAGAUUAUAAAAAGGAGAUACAAAAGUUCAUUCUGAUGUAUAAUGUUACUCCUCAUGGUACGACUGGCAGAUCACCAUCGGAAUUAUUAUUCAAUAGACGGCUGCGAGAUAAAAUACCAUCAAUUCACGACAUUAAGGAGAACAUUUUAGAUGAAGAAGCUAAGGACAUGGACAUGCUAAACAAAGAAAAGGGAAAGCAAAAAGGGGACACGAAUCGAGGAGCGAAAGAAAAUGAAAUUCGGGUCGGCGAUAAGGUUCUUCUUCGAAAUGUACUAUUCCCAAACAAGCUGACGACUAAUUUUGAUACUGUGGAAUAUGAGGUUAUAGACCGUAGUGGAAACGAUAUUGUAAUUCGUGGUAAUGGCAAAGUCUUCCGUCGAAACAUAAGUCACGUGAAAAGAAUACCUGUCCUUGAUUCGUUAACUACAGAGUUUCCGGAAUCAGGAGCUCUAGCCCCAUCGUCUACAGCAACGAAUGAUGAACCAGGAAACAGUAAUCAAAAACUGAUUUUGAAAUUGAAAAACAAGGGAGGGGUGUGGAGACCUGGCAGCCCGGAUGCGAGGAAAUGA